UGUGACGUCUCUGAAGGGAGAGCAAAUUUAAGAAAGCUUGCAACUUGAUGUAUUAAAAUACAGAAGGGAGGAUGAGCAGCUCAGAGGAAGUUUCCUGGAUAUCCUGGUUCUGUGGACUCAGAGGAAACGAGUUCUUCUGUGAGGUGGAUGAAGACUACAUCCAGGACAAGUUUAAUCUGACAGGUUUGAAUGAGCAGGUGCCUCAUUAUCGCCAGGCUCUGGAUAUGAUUCUCGACCUGGAGCCAGAUGAGGAACUUGAAGAUAACCCAAACCAGAGUGACCUGAUAGAGCAGGCCGCAGAGAUGUUAUAUGGACUUAUACAUGCACGCUACAUCCUCACAAACAGAGGAAUUGCACAAAUGCUGGAAAAGUAUCAGCAGGGGGAUUUUGGCUAUUGUCCCAGAGUCUAUUGUGAGAAUCAGCCAAUGCUUCCGAUUGGUUUGUCAGACAUCCCGGGAGAAGCAAUGGUAAAGCUUUAUUGUCCAAAGUGCAUGGAUGUGUACACUCCAAAGUCCUCCAGACACCACCAUACAGAUGGAGCUUAUUUUGGCACGGGGUUCCCUCACAUGUUGUUCAUGGUGCACCCAGAGUAUCGACCAAAACGACCAGCCAACCAGUUUGUGCCAAGACUAUACGGUUUCAAAAUUCACCCGAUGGCUUAUCAGCUUCAACUUCAGGCUGCAUCAAGUUUCAAGAGCCCAGUGAAGACGAUUCGCUAGAGCUCAAACUUCACAAAGAUGAACACAAAGAUGUUACUGUUUACAACAAAAUUAAAGCAGUUUAUUUGAUAUUCCUGGCUGUUCAGUUAUCGAAAUUCAGAUGUUGAUACUUUUGGAUUGCGUUUUAUCCUCUUAUUUAGUAAAACUGUUCAGUUGAAGUACUUUUAUCUGUGUUAAACAUGUUGGGGUGGAACUCAUGAUUCAGUGUUCAUUAAUAACAUAAGAAUAUUGUUUAUCAGUGAUAAUGAGGACUACAGUUUAUGGAUUCAGAUACAAAGUGUAGUUGCUGUUUUAAUUUGCAGGCCAUUGAAUGUAUCAGGAAAUCUCAACACCAGCCCCAAACAGGUUUGCCUUAACGAUACUCAAGACUUCCAUCAGUUAAAUUGUAUUAAAUAAUGCCAAAAUUGUGGCAUAAAACAGAUAUAUGAUAAAAAGUUCUGGAAGUAUGUAAUUAGGUGCUAUUUCCAAGAACCUUAAAAAAAACUAAGUAUGGUUCGCAUCUUAGAAAUGGACCUGUUUUUUGUUGAUCUAAUUUUCAGUGGUUAUAUAUUUGCUUGAUUAUUUAAACAUCUUCAAUAUUUUCGUGAUAAUUCUGCAUUUGUAUAAUUUUUUAAUUAUGGAACAUUAAAUAUUUAUUGCCAAAAAAAACAACUUUCUUGUAUACU